AUGGACGUCACGGGGCUCCGGCACCGCAUCCACGAGGCGUAUAAGAGCACGGCGGAGAUGCUGCUAUCGGCGCGCAGCGCCACGGCCUUCGCGGAGAAAGGCGUUCUCACGCCGGACGAAUUCGUCGCUGCUGGAGAUAACUUGGUGGCCAAAUGUCCCACGUGGUCCUGGGAAGGAGCGGACCCCUCUCGCCGACGAAGCUUCCUGCCUCCUGACAAGCAGUACCUCAUCACUCGCAACGUCCCCUGUCUGAGGCGAGUGGGGGCGAUGGAGGAGGAGGUGCUGCUGGCGACAGGUGGCAGCGAGACAUUGGUCGAUGCUGACGUGGACGGGGAUGGCAACGAGCCCUGGGUCGCCACGUCGAAGCUUGGCGGUGCUUCCUCAGCAGCAGCAGGUGCAGGGUCGGCACAGCAAGAAUUCCUUCCCUCCAUCGACGCUCUGGCAACCUCAGCAACUAGAGGAGGAGGGGAGGGCGGGGGAACAGGAGCAGGGGAAAGGACUGCUGGAGGAGCAGCGGGGGGAGAUGAAGAGGAGGAGGACGAUGUACCCGAUAUAGCGGAAUUCGAUGAUGUGGAUAAUGUUGUCGAUGCUGACCCUGCGGCGCUACAGCUGGGGGGAGGGGGGUACCUGGUGGCCACAGAGCCAGAGGACGACCACAUUCUGCAGACUCGCACCUACGACCUCACCAUCACAUACGACAAGUACUACCAGACUCCGAGAAUAUGGCUCUUUGGUUAUGACGAGGAACGGCAGCCGCUGGCAGCAGAAAAAGUGUUUGAGGAUGUGAGCCAAGACCAUGUGAAGAAGACGGUUACAAUUGACGACCAUCCGCACCUUCCAGGAAAGUACGCAUCGGUGCACCCAUGCAAGCAUGCAGCGGUGAUGAAGAAGAUCAUUGGAAUCAUGGCAGCCAAUGGCGUGCAGCCACGUGUCGACCAGUACCUGUUUAUAUUCCUCAAGUUCAUCUCGUCGUUGGUGCCUACUAUCGAGUAUGACUACACCAUUGAUUUCGAUAUGGGCGGAACGCUAGGCGCACAUGAGGACGAUGUGAGGCUUUCUGAUCUCAAACCUUCUUCCAAAUCUCUUGGAUUUCCAACUAUCGUUUCGACGAUUCAGUUCCCAAGCGCCGAUCUACUGCUUCCGUCCGCGAAUCACGCGACCAUCAUGUCGACGAUGAAGGAGAAGCUGGGCGACCUCGGCACGACGGCCAAGGAGAAGGCCAGCGAAGCCAAGGCCAAGGGCGGCGAGAUGCUGGGCAAGGGCAAGGCGGAAACGCAGGAGAGCGUGGACAAGGCGCAGCACCCGUUCAGCCACAGCGCGCACGAGGCGGCGGACGCGAAGGAGGCGGCAACUAAGACGAGCGCGGAAAUGGGGAAGGAGCAGAAAGUGGCAGGCGCGCAGAUGGGCGCGGCGGGGGAGAAGGAGGCGCGACACCUGAAGCACCAGACGGGGCUGUAG